AGCAAAUUAACAGAAUCCCAUGCCAAAAAUAUAUAUAUCCGUAAAACAAAAACUUCCUAUCAGCUGCUGCCUACCCCAGCCCCUCUCUCUCCCUCUGUGACUCACAUCCAUCUCUCUCACACACAUACACACUAUUGAGCUCUCGGCUUUCAUCCUCCAGCAACUGCAAGGAGAUCCAGCGCUUCUUACUCCUCGAAUGUACAUUGUCCCUUGUAGUGCUUCUUCUAUAUCUGCAAGUUGCUGCACCUCUGCUCCUUGAGUGACUUUUUAACAGACAAGCCCUUUGGUUACUGAGUGGCUAGAAAGGGUCCACAUCUGGAACACAUCUGUCUUCUUGGGGCGUGGGAAGAAGAGAGUCUUAUUUCCACUGUUCCUGGGGGCUCCUAGUUGGUGGGGUCCAGACGGGAAUGCAGUUGCAUCUUCGAGUGGAGGAGGUGGAAGUUGCAUUGCAAGAGUGUGGAUAGAGCAGAUACCGAACAUUGUUGGAUUCUUCUCUUUUGCGUCUCCCUUUUCAUGGGACUUUCAAGCCAGCUAGCCUAGCAGUGCCGUUCCUGGGAGGGCUUUCGACUCUCAAAAUGAGUGGAGAUGUCGUCUAGCUGCUCCUGACCCUGUGCCGUGCAGCAGGGCUCGCCCGACUUAAGUGGACUUUUUUUUGGUGGCGAUGGGCAUGCACAAACUAGUGGCCGUGGCUGUGGCGGUGGCACUGGUAUCACUUAUUCUAAAUAAUGUGGCUGCCUUUACUCCGAACUGGGUGUACCAAACCAUGGAGGAAGGACGCAAGCGUACUGUUGGGCUGUGGAAGAUGUGCUUGGCGGGAAGAGGGGUAAGCACCAAGCCCGGACAGGGAGAUGAGAGAGAGUGCCAGUCAGUUGGCUGGGGGUCAGAGCCAUCUGGCUUGCAGGAAUCUCGGAACACAGUCAAGUUGCAGUUUGACAUGAUGAGGGCCUGCAAUCUGAUUGCCACAGUUGCCUUGACUGCCGGACAGCUCAUCUUUCUCAUGGGACUCGUAGAGCUGCCCAUUAUUACCCAGGAUUCCCAGUGGUGGGAAGAAGCCAUUGCUGCUGUAUUUCAACUUGCAAGUUUCGUUCUGGUCAUUGGACUGGUGACCUUCUACCGCAUUGGCCCCCACACUAAUUUAUCCUGGUCCUGUUACUUAGACAUCGGUGCUUGCCUUCUGGCUACUCUGGCAGCUGCUAUCCUCAUAUGGAACAUACUCCACCGGCGUGAGGACUGCAUGGCGCCCCGAGUUAUCGUCAUCAGCCGUACACUGACUGCUCGUUUCCGCAGAGGGCUAAACAACGAUUAUGUUGAGUCUCCAUGCUGAUGACAGCAAUGAACACACAUUGUCAGAUGCUAAUGACUAAUCUAUAUAACUUUAUCCAAAAACAUUCAAGGGACAUGAAAUGCAAAUUCAUUCAUGAGUAUAACAUAAAAUAAAUAUGCAUCACUUUAUUUAGCUAUGUGAGGAGAACGUAACACAAAGCCUGAUUCUAAGAUUGUGGCACACUCACAUUAUUUAAGGAUGCUUUGCUCAUGCUAUCGCUAUUGGACUCAUUUGGGAUACAAAUAAAAGUGUUUUCUCAGCUUAGGAUUGGUACCUGGAGAUGUCCAAUAUUGCAUUUGCACAUAUUCUCGAUCUAUUUUACGAUGGAUAUCCUCUAUAAUGGAGAAUCUAUUAAUUCCACAUCAUGCAUUCCUUUAAUAUGAUCUAUAAUACAAGUGAGCACUUUUUUUUAUCAUAAAACGUGUUAUUAUGGAUGAGUGGAAACAGCAAUCGACUAAUAAAAUGCUAAUAAAAAAGGUCCUAGCAACAUCUUUGGUAAAAGAGAAGAGAUGGAGCCUCCAGUCCUUCAGGAAAGUAGACAACACCUGGAGACUAGAACGGUGUGGUGUUGACAGGAUGCUCAAAGGACUGUCUGGGAUGUACCAGUUUUAUAAUUCCUAAUGUAUAAAAUAACCUAUAACAAAAUAUUGUAAUGUUUUUGUUAUUUAUCACAUUUUUGUAAAGUUUAUGUCUAAGUAAAAGACCAGUUACAAGCAC